GCCAGCUCAAUGUGGACUCUGCCCCCAGGGACAGGGACAAAUCAGUCUGGGCCUCUUCAGCCUUGACUUGGGCUCCUCAGCUCAGUGUUACCAGAGCUUGGGGCAGAGAAACAUGGAGUCUGACACAAUCCAGCUGACAAGGAUGGACUAUGCCAUGAAGUCUCUCAGCCUUCUGUACCCCAAGUCACUGUCCAGGCAUGUAGCAGUGAGCACUGCAGUGGUGACCCAACAGCUGGUGUCUAAGCCCAGCCGGGAAGUCCCCAGGGCGAGGCCGUGUCGAGUUAGCACGGCCGAUCGGAAGGUUCGCAAGGGCAUCAUGGCUCACAGUCUGGAGGACCUCCUGGGCAAGGCCCAGGAUAUCUUGAAGCUUAAAGACAAGCCCUUCUCCCUCGUGCUGGAGGAAGACGGCACAAUUGUUGAGACAGAAGAAUACUUCCAAGCCCUAGCAAGAGAUACCGUGUUCAUGGUCCUUCAGAAGGGGCAGAAGUGGAAGCCCCCAUCAGAACAGUGCAAGAAGAGACCACAGCUAUCCAUUUCCCAGAAGCCAACAAAGAAGAUUGAUGUGGCCCGGGUAACCUUUGACCUAUACAAGCUGAGCCCUCAGGACUUCAUCGGCUGCCUGAAUGUGAAGGCGACCCUCUACGACACAUACUCGCUUUCCUACGACUUGCACUGCUACCGGGCCAAGCGCAUCGUGAAGGAAAUGCUCCGCUGGGCACUCUUCAGCAUGCAGGCCACAGGCCACAUGCUGCUUGGCUCCUCCAGUUACAUGCAGCAGUUCCUGGAUGCCACUGAGGAGGAACAGCCGUCCAAGGCCAAGACCCCCUCCCUCCUCCCCGCCUGUCUGAAGAUGCUGCAAUGAAGACCUAAGUCCUCAGAAGCCGUCCCCAGUCAAGGAUGUGACUGGAGACCCUGCACUCUGCUAGAAGCCUGGAAGCUGGAGAGCUUCUCACCGACCUGCACCUCUCCCACAGCACAGCACCAAGGAAACUGCACAAAGGCUGGAGCCCUGGGGUGGGCUGGUCAUGGGAGAACUUCCUAGCCCAGUUCCUUCCUUCAUGUUGCAGGUAGUAUAGGGGACUGACACUUGUCCCCGGAAGGCUUUGGCACAAAGUCUGCCACUCUGCCUUCAUGCCGUCCCAAUGUGCCACUCCCUCUCUGGUGUCCCCUCCUGCCUUGACCACGCUCAUCACGCAACAGACAUUGCUAUGGUGGCCUCCAGAAUACUUUGACCUGAAUCAAGACAAAAUGAACCAAAUGCCAUAGUGGCAGUGAGGCCUAGGGCUAUGGUAUGGAAAUAGCUAACACUUUGUAUUAGAAGAAAGGGAGGGGGAGCAUCAGGGGGUCCUCUCACCUGAAACCCCAGCCAUUACUUCCUCCUGCCCCCCCCCAGCUGCACAUGAUCUUGGGGGUGGUGCUUGAGUAGUUAAGAGGUAGAAGGUUAACUAAAGCCAGGAUGACACUCAUGCAGAUUUGGGGGGAGCCUUACCUGUGCUAGCGACUGACUUUUGAGUAACACAAAUUAUUUCGAGUUACGCAGGCCGCUCCUUUAAGUAACUUAGUAAACUCACUGGUUCACCAAGCUGGACUUGGAAGGAAUCAUGGCUUCUUUGCCUGUCAUUGGUGCCCUUGCUGGGCUGAAUGCCUAGAGUUUGUGUUCCCCAGGGGAAGUCACACAAUUCCUCUUCCUGUUCUUAUUCCCCACUAAUGUAUGGUAUUAGAGCCUGAAGUAAAUUAUUUAUGCCAAUACCUCA